GCUACAGAGAACACUUUCCUUUCGUGUCACCUUGUGGUCGUGAGCGCAAUUACGUACGGUGCGAUGAUGUACCUGUCGUGUUUAGCCACAUUUUUCAAGAUGCAACGUAUCUCAGGCUCAGCUCGCACGUAAAAUUUACGUAAAAUAAAAUAUAAAGAUGGUUCUUUCUUAUGUUAAGCCUUACGUUCGUCAUAUAAUUGUAGUUGGAUUAGCAGUUUUCUUGUUUAUAAUUUUUUCGAAAGAACCUAAUAAGAAUCAACCAGAAUCAUUUGGAUUUGAUGACAAUCCAGACGACGAACAUAAACUGUUUACCGAAUUAGAAUUAGCUCAGUACGACGGAAAGCCUGGUAGCAGAGGGCUUUUUCUUGUUAUUUUAGGUCAUGUUUAUAACGUGGAAAGUGGAGCCAAGCAUUACGGACCCGGUGAAGCAUAUAACAUGUUCGUAGCACAUGAUGCUUCGCGAUCGUUCAUCACUGGUGAGUUCGAGGACUAUAAUUCAGAGUUAUCGGACGUGUCAAGCCUUACCGAUUCCGAGCUGAAAAGCCUCGUCAAAUGGAAGUCUUUCUAUGACAAAACGUACCCAUACAGGGGCAAAUUAGUUGGUAGGUACUUUGAUGAGCGCGGUGAACUGACCGAAUACCAUAGAUUAGUCCUGGAAAGAUCGGCAAAGGCGGAACUGGAGGAAGCUAAACCAAAGCAGGAAUAUCCUUCCUGCAAUGUUGAGUGGAAGGAGGAAACUGGAACGCGGGUUUGGUGUACGACCCGAAGCGGCGACGGUAUCGAUCGCGGAUGGGUGGGGAAACCAAGGCGUUACAUUACUAAACAACCGUCCGAAAAAGAGAAAGUACCCUAUUGUGUCUGCGUGCCGGAUGAUAAUAGCAGUUCUUCUUCGUUGGUGCCUUUUGAAAACUGUGAUGCUAGCAGUGAAACUUGCUUCGUGAAAGCUUCAUUAGAUCACAAAACCGAGUAAGUUAAAGAUGAAGUUAAAAAAAGAAAACAUUUUUAUUUACAAAAAGAUUUACAGAACAAUUAACAGGUUUUCUUGAUAUUUAUUGUAGCUAUAUAGAAAAAAAGGAAUCAUUUGAUUCGAAUUGUAGAUAGUUAUGUUUCAAUUAGAAAUAAUGCUUGCACCUAAAUGCAAGCUAAAAAAAUAAAAAUUCUACAUUCUUUUAUACAGAAA